GGGCGGGGGAGAGGUGGUAGGUAUAUAAGGAUCCGUUCUCCCCUUCUUUGUCAGUUGCUGUUGGUUUGCUUCUCUCAGAACCAUGUCUGGACGCGGCAAAGGCGGCAAGGGUUUGGGUAAGGGAGGCGCUAAACGCCACCGCAAGGUUCUGCGCGACAACAUCCAGGGCAUCACCAAGCCCGCCAUCCGCCGCCUGGCCCGGCGUGGCGGGGUGAAGCGCAUCUCCGGCCUCAUCUACGAAGAGACCCGCGGGGUGCUGAAAGUGUUCCUGGAGAACGUGAUCCGGGACGCCGUCACCUACACCGAGCACGCCAAGCGCAAGACUGUCACCGCCAUGGACGUGGUCUAUGCGCUUAAGCGCCAGGGACGCAGGCCUGCAACAGGACUGUGGGUGUGUGGUCAAUCACUCGUCAUGGCUCGCACUAAGCAGACCGCUCGCAAGUCCACCGGCGGCAAGGCGCCGCGCAAGCAGCUGGCCACCAAGGCGGCCCGCAAGAGCGCGCCGGCCACGGGCGGCGUGAAGAAGCCGCACCGCUACCGGCCCGGCACGGUGGCCCUGCGCGAGAUCCGCCGCUACCAGAAGUCCACGGAGCUGCUGAUCCGCAAGCUGCCGUUCCAGCGCCUGGUGCGCGAGAUCGCGCAGGACUUCAAGACCGACCUGCGCUUCCAGAGCUCGGCCGUGAUGGCGCUGCAGGAGGCGUGCGAGGCCUACCUGGUGGGGCUCUUCGAGGACACCAACCUGUGUGCCAUCCACGCCAAGCGCGUCACCAUCAUGCCCAAGGACAUCCAGCUUGCCCGCCGCAUCCGCGGGGAGAGAGGAAUUACUGCGACAGUAGCCAUGUCUGGUCGCGGGAAGGGUGGUAAAGGCCUCGGCAAAGGCGGCGCUAAGCGUCACCGCAAGGUCUUACGGGAUAACAUCCAGGGUAUUACCAAACCGGCAAUUCGUCGCCUGGCCCGCCGUGGUGGUGUCAAGCGCAUUUCUGGGCUGAUUUACGAGGAGACUCGCGGGGUGUUGAAAGUAUUUUUGGAGAACGUGAUUCGGGACGCUGUUACCUACACCGAGCACGCCAAGCGGAAGACUGUCACCGCCAUGGACGUGGUUUACGCACUCAAACGCCAGGGCCGCACCCUUUACGGCUUCGGUGGUUGAUCACGGUAUCGGCCGAGACAGACUUCGACAUCUAAAAAAAACAAAAAGGCCCUUUUCAGGGCCGCCCACAA